AUGAGGGGCGGUUGGGACGCCUCGGUUUCUUAUUUUCAACCUUUGAUUUGGAGGGUUGGUCUGCCGGGUAACGAUCUUUCUUGUGCCCUCGCUGAUGAGGCACUUGAAUUGAUCUCCUGUCACCUCUCGCAUCUUGAACUAUUCAAACUCGCGGUUGACGAUACCGGCGAACGUCAGAAAAUCGUCUGUCUCGUGCUUCACCAGCUUGAGGCACUGGUAUCGAAUAUUGAACAAGGAGGAUUUCUCGCCGAAUGUCUCUGA